GUCCUGCUCGCGAGCUGUACUUGUGAGCCGUAGAGUCGGUUGAGUCUUGAGAGGCGCCUCAACACCUCAACAUUUAUAUUGUCUCGUGGCGUUGCAGUGUGAUUGGGGUCAUUGAUUAAGCCGUUUCCGACUGCCGAAAGCGACGUGACCAUUGUGUGCAUGCCCACGACAUGUUGUCACGUCGCUAAGACAGUAGGUGACGAUGAAACCCGUCAAAUGACGAUAUGACGAUGACGACCGAAAGAAGACGCGACAAACGUGACGGUGUCUGUUACGUGCAGGGCUGCAAGAGCGGCUACAAGUCGUGCAAGGAGACACGGUCCCUGUUCCGGGCACCGAUCGAACCCGAACGGCUCGCAGAGUGGUCGCGCAAAAUCCCGAGAAGGGAUCGACCCUUCGACCAUGCUUGCGUCGUUUGCGAACGUCACUUCGACGAGCGCUUCAUCGAGCGCACGUUUCGGACGAAAAUCAAGGGCGAAAUCGUCGAGAUUCCCCGGGACCGACCGCUACUCACGAAAGAUGCCGUCCCCACUAUAUUUCCCGAGGCGCCAAAGUACUACACCAAGAAGCUGCCCAAGAAGCGAAAGGAGCGAAACCUAUGCGAUCAAGUACGCGCCAAGCCCCCAAAAAGGCAAGAACACAGUACAGUGGAAAACGCGUGUGUUCCAACAUCAAAAGAAGCAUCAGAGGGUCUUAACUGUGAACCAGGUAGCCCACAGGAUGAACACGUCGAAACGACUGACGAAAGGCUGGGAUUUUCGAGGCUUCGAAUCCCUAAGGGAUGGUCGGAAAUAACUCUGGUGGACGCUGAAGGUUUGUGUCUUUACGCCCAGUGCGAAGCGGACGCCGCCGAACCCUACGGCAGCGUAGUGAUGGUAAAGUCGGUCAGAAUUCAAGUCGGGCAAGGUGGCGAAGACAGCGCAGUCGGAGAAGUGCACUUGCGGGGCGAAAUAUGGUGCGAACAAGAACUUACGACGCGCGAACUAGCGGAAGAAUUUAUCGACAGCAUCGACAAACUGACCCUGUGCCCCGGUGUGGGUGUACAGCCGUUGGCUCGCGAAUGCCCCGCGUUCAACGGCAAGUUCUUUUCCAAGGACUGCAGCCUCUUCGCGGAUUUUAGGCUGAGGAGAGCUUGCGCAGGCUGCAAGUAUCAGAGGAAACUCAUUCAAAACCAGAGGUCGUACAGUAGGAGAAAAGCCUACGAGGAUGUCAUUUUUAGCGCAAGCGCUAUGCAACAGGUUGACGAGGUGAACGUGGCUGACACAAGACAUGAGCCAGUGGCUGAAGAAGUAGCCGUGGACUCUGCGGAAGUGGCUGAGAAGACCGACACAGAGUGACCAAAGAAGCAAACGAAUUAUUGGGGAGUACAGUGAACUGGUCUAGUUGGUACUGGUUCAUUAUGUUACAGCGCGACAAGAACGAAGAAAAAGUUAAGGCACACACUCGACGGGAGUUGAUAGUGAGCGGUGUCCCAUCGUGUGUGCGCCUUCGUCUUCGUUCUUGUUCCACUGUAACUAAUGAUCACUUAUUGAUCAUGUCGGAACGAAACUUGUCUGUGAUUCCGCUAUUGCGUCAUAAAUGCUCACGUUAUGUAACGGAAGGGGACAGUGCACGAACAGUGCAAAGGCAUCCAGUUUGUGACCUUUGCGGUACAUAAGCAUUGCACGAGAUUAUUACAUGUUAUAUGGAUGACUUAUGUACACUUAUCUGCAUCACGUUUUGUUUUGUAGGGUUUAUUUAACCACUUCACGUAUAUUCCGUGUGUGUUCGAUGUGCAUAACUACUUCGAUAAAGAAACCUGCACUAACCAGUGACUCCAGAUGUGUAACUGUGCGUGAUGUGUAAUUUUACAGGUGAAUUGGCAAGAAUUAGAAGUCAGUAUUCAUUAAGUACAAGUUGAGCUUGUCACAAUUGAAACUAAUCCCACAAUUGGUUGCCAGCCAAUAUCAACUUUAUAUACGCUGUAAAAUUUCAAACACACUUGGGUAUUUUCAAGCACGCUUGUAAACUGUUGGAUGGGUGUUGUUGCAUCAGUUCAUGCUUUGCACAUAAUCUUGCGUUUGUUACAAACAUAAAGCAUUCCUAUUUUAAUACAGCUGCUCUUUCUCACUUUCCAGGGACAAAGUAACUGUCCCAUUAAUGUUCAAUUUCCAGCUGGUUUGAGCUCGCCGUGUCCAAUAGUUAUGCUGUUAUGUUGAGUGAAAAUGACAGUAAUCCCAACGAUUCCUGUAAAGGCUCUGGUGUCAGCUUUUCCCUACUUCGACAUCUUGUUUUAGCGAGAAAUCGUGUUAACAAAUGUACAAGGAACACUCGUGCACGUUCACUUUAGACAGUUUCUGAACUGCACUGUUGGGUAUUUAUUCGGGAUUCCAGUUUUAGGGAGUUCUGGCACGUAGCCGCGAUCCCGCCAGGGUUGCGGAAAACGGUGCCAUUGUGCUUGGUUCAAACCACAAGCAGAUUUGAGCAUUGAUCUAAGUCCUUGCUCUCUUAGGAGGUGCUUAAAACAGCAAGUCAAGCUAGAUUGCAGGAUUACCCAUAAUUUUUCCAACGUUCUAAGCCAAAAGGUUACUUGGUGUAUGAGAAAGGGAAAACUGAAAAGUUGCCCUCAGUUCCAUGAAGUAAAAUCGCUUGUGACGGAAGACAGAAGUUCAGGAGAAGAUGGAAACAUGAAAAGAUGAACAUUCUUUAACAGGGAUAGUCGCUGGGGCCAACAUUUUGAUAAGUGGUCUUGUCCACUUAGACCACUUGUCGAAACAUUGGCUCCAGCGACUAUCCCUGUUCAAGACUACUCAUCUUGUGACAGAAGAGAACGUCUUCGCGGUGCUAGUGAUGUAAGGGACACAAAAGAGAAAUAACUUCUCCUGCAUUAAUAGGUCACCCUUUUACAAUAACAAGAGCAGCAAUCUUAGCUCAACACCUUGCAGAGAGAAAAAUGCAGGUGGCACCGCCGCCUUGAGGUCCGUGCAACAACACUACUUGCCGUUGUAAAUUUUGACAGCUUCUGCCAAGGCCUUAAUAAUAAUUUGUGCGGUUUUACGAGCCAAAACCAUGAUAUGAUUGCGAGGCACGUCGUAUUGGAGGGCUCCGGAAAUUCCAACCACCUGGGGUUCUUUGACACGCACCCAAAUCUAAGUACACGGGCCUCGGCAUUUCGCCUCCAUCGAAUCGGCAUCCGAGCACCGUAACCACCGGAACACCGCGGCAGCUGGCCUACAUAAUUGCUUAUUGGUAAAAGUUCAUUAAAUUGUGUUUUCAGAGCGCCAGAGAUUUAACGUGGCAACUUUCAAGAAAUUUUGCUGAGCCAUUGCGGCCAAAAUACGAUAUAUCACACUGACAUUCAGACGCUAAAGUUUUGGCCUGAUAUUUAAUAAAGAAAUUUGACCUUACUUUCCUAGUUUUCUCUAUUAAUAAUGAACCAACGAGGUCACAGUUAACAGAAUAGAAUUCUCCAAUAAUUAUUAGUUGAAACUGAUUUAGCGUUUCACUUUACUGACCUAAUAAGCAUUGCUCUAGUCUAUGGAGUAUUCAGUGAGGACUCCUUCCUUGAAAAUGCUAAGGGGGCACGGGUGCCAUCAGUGAGCUUCCAAGCAUGGAAGAUACAACACAACUAAUUAAUGGCCGACAACCAUUUCCCCAUUUUAAACGAACAUUACAUAAUUAGUGCUGGUAAUUAUCUUCAUGGGGAUAUUGCCAAUCUGCGGUGUUUACGCUGUCGGAGUGCAUUAGGUGGACUAUUUCUGUAGCACCUGCAGAUUGGAUUAGGCUGGCUAUCAAGACAGACAGAAAGUGACCUAGUUGGUAAGGAUUCAUGAUGCAUGAAGGUUUGCUUGCAAACACAGACACAAGAGAUUAAGACAAAAAACAAACACUGUUUCUGUUGUCGUGAUCUUUCAUGUCCGUGUUUGCAAGCCUACUUUCAUUUAUGGUUUAUGGCAACGAUUAGUGCCGGUUCACCCGCUCUUGAGCUCUGCUCCAUCAGCACAUACUAAACUGGACUCUAGCAGAACAACACCUGUGUCUCGUCCAGUGUUCACUUCACACUUUCCCAUUUGGUAGCAAGAUGUACUUAGUCCCCAUAGGUAGCCAGUCUAUUACAUUAGCUCAGCUUGGCGAUUGCAUGUAAUGUUCUAAAAGUAAAUCUAAUUUAAAAAAUCGCCAGGCCUGCACCGAACACGUAGCACAGUCGCAACAAAAGCUAAAAGAGCAACCUUUCUAGAGCUUGUAAACUCUCUUGGGGCAACUAAUACCAGUACACUUGCAAGGUACCCACUACGCCAUAAAUCAUAGUUUUUUGAAGUAGGGAAGCACCCGCUAUGCAAUAAAUAAUUUUUAUGAAGUAGGGAAGCACCCACUGUCAUUAUUCGUCAUUCUGCAGAGAAACGUGGCACCAGCUACACAUCUGUAAGUCAUGUGCACUUUGUUGUGCUUUGGCUGAUGACGACAAAGAAUUAUUGCUGAGCACUUUGUAAUGGGUUGGAAGCUUUCUAUGACCGACUUGUUGUGCAAUUCCCAUUGUGUGACACCUGUUUGUUAUUUUACUCUUCUGCCAUGCUACCAGAUGUUAAUGAGAUUCCUUGCCCAACAUGCCACCUGUAUAGGGUCUUUUCGCGAAGGAGUUUCAAGCACCGGCGUGGCUCUCUGGUAGAAUACUUGGACUGUCGCGCAGAGGACCCAGGUUCAAAUCCCAUCUGAUCCAGGAUAUGUUCGAUUUAUUUCAUUUUUUUUUUCUAUUUCGCGCGAUAGCGGGUACCGACACGGGUGGCAGACAACCAUGGCGCCAAAAUCGGCUGUUGUGAUCUCAUAACAGCCUUCGCUGUAAAACAAGCCUUACCUCUAGAGCUCCUACCCAACACAGGGUAACAGGGAAAUUGCUUCUCUGGCACUCACUACGCUAAUUUUGGGGACGUUUCUUGCAUUCAAAAGUACAAAUUAAAGUCAUGUUGGUAGGUAAAACAGCUGCUGACUCCCUAUGACACCAUGGGCAUAUGAACACCCACGAGAUCUUUUCUGCGAAAGUUCUUUAGGCUCACCUCGAAGUUUUCCCAUCGGCUCCGGAAUGAUGUUUGAAAGCACUCCCCUGGUGCCCUCAAACACCAGUUCCUGUCUUUGUUAGCGAACUAAUAAAUCAAUAAAGUUAUAACUGAUCUCCUACACACCAAAAUAAGACUCAUUUUAGUAUGUACAUGGGUCAUUAUUGAAGUAAAUUUUUUUUUAAUAUGUGUCGUGAAAUGAGACGAUCUGUGAAACGUCUGACACAAAGUGGUAAACUAGCAAAAUGAUCGAGUAUUUCAUUAUGUGGGUUAGCACUUUGUCUUAUUUUGUAUGUCUGUGUUGUAUGUAGUUGCUCAUUUUAACGAGAUGUACGUUUCUACUUAUUUAAUUAGACUUCAGUUUUGUUUGCUAAUGAGAAUUCACCAUUAUUUAUGUUUCCCCGAUUAUUCUUCUUUGCUAUGGUAGGAUUGCCUUGCUUUUAUCAGACCUUCAACUCGCCUUUGGCUAUUGGUUCGACAGGCGUUUGCAAUAUUUGAGUUAUACUAUGGAAAUAAAUAUUCAAUCAUUCAAUACCAUCUAACCAUCUUGUGCUCAGGGGACCAUGCUUUCUCUUGCACUGCAGUUUAGCUUGCAUUAUAUAGUUUUCACAGCUCCAGUGAGACAGCAGACCACAUGACGUGACGAAGACGAAGAAGUUUUAGUUCACGGUCUUUGCUUUGAAUGGGCAAUCGAGACUAAUCUCGUUAAAGGGCCCCAAGCCACCUUCGACAAUUUUUUAACAUUUCAAGUAAACGCGCGCAUCCAGUUCGGCAUGCCGUCACGAUCACAAUGCCUAACGUGGCAGCGCUACGAGCCGCGGGUGCGCCACAAAUUCCAAAACACAAUCCCUUGUCCUCUCCGGGCCUUUCGGUAAUCCCCAGUGUUGGCCGUGACAUCAACAUUCGUGUCUGGUCAUGUCAUCCACAAAAGAACCU